CUCAUGAUCGUUACCUGCUCCUGUUCUGCCAUGCUGAAGCAAGCCAAUAUUUGUGGUGUUCAGCACUGCUAUGCUCACUAAUGUUCUCCUUUCCUCCAACUGUCAUAGUGACUGCAGAUCGUCUCAGAAUUAUCUCCUGAAUUUCUCUGUUGGUACUGACGUUUCCUUUCAAUGACUGAAAUUGAAAAUAAAUGAUUUAAUCAAUGUUAUGUAGGCUCACUCACAGGUUUGCCAAGAAAAACGAAACAUCAAAAAGUAUCUGAGGGACUUGGGCUCGAGAAAGGUACAAAAAGCCACACGAAAAUAAAUGUUUGGCAUCAAUAGGCAAUCAGGUGUUUGGUAGCCGAAGUCCGACUAGAGGUUAGGCCUCAGGCAAGGGGUAGUACAAUACGAAAUGUAGUCAAACGAUAGAAAUAAGAUCCGCGCAAGAAGGAAGUGGAAAAUACUAUCUUGAACACGCACUUCACCCAAUUAAUUGGUUGAAGUGAUAUUAUAACGUACCAUAACCUUCCUGUUCGUUUUGUUUACAACCACUUGAAGAAGGACACAGCAGUACAUAGCACAAUACUGAUGCAAAAGUAACGCUACUUUUCGAUUCAAUGCGAAACCACAAAUAUUUUAAAUGCCAACUCUCGGUUAAAUUUUCCUCACUAGAAAACAUUUUGCACAAGUGAUUAGACUAGGGUCAUUCUCGUCAUUCUGUCAUGGAGAGAUCAUGGGGACAUAUGGUAAUUUGGUAUCCCCUCCAGAAGGCCAAAGUGACACGCACGAAAACGGCGUUAUUUCAACAGUGGUUAGUACUCUUUUUAAAUUCGUCAGCCCUUAAAAUUUCAUCUUAAAAAAAAGGAACAAAAAAUUGCCUGAAGUAAAUUGAGAAUACUCACUUGAGUCUACUAAAAUUUAGUUCGAACGAAGUAUGAGCAGUUGGUACUGCUUACUCAAUGGCGCGGAAUUCGAAUUCAAAGCUUCUUGAAGGUUUUUUUUGCAGGCAAUUUUGCCCGACAAAUGAAAUGCAAAUCAAGCGGAAUCACGUUUUCACGGUCUAAUGAUAAUGAGAGAUCGGCUGAGCAAACUUUUUAAAAAUCUUACAUUUGGACUAUGCCUGAGGCCGAAGGCAGAUCCCACCAAGUUUAACAUUUCCCCUACCCCUGAGGCAUACGCCAACCAAUACAAACAUAAACAAAAACAAACACUGUUGCUUCGCACUGGCGAUGGCGGGCCUCAUGCCAACGCCUGCUUCUCGAAGCAAUUCCACAAAUUUUGUCGACGAAAAUGGCUAUGUCUACUCAAAGAGGGCGGAACAUGGCACAACGCGAUACAUGUAUUGCAAGACUGUUGGAUGUUCGGCACAUGGACGAGAUAUUCUAGGGGUUUUCCAGCUGGACGUACCUCACGAGCCCCUAUGCCGGCCCAACCCCGAUCAACUUCUUCUCAAUAGAAUGCGUGAAGAAAUUAGACAGCUGGCGCGACAAUCCGGCCGCGUCGAAGAGUCCUUCCGCACAGUGGAGAGAAACCCUGAGUACAGAACUGUAAGACAUCUCAUUACUUUAGACAGCUUCAACUCAUCGAUACGUCGAGCUGCGAGUUUGAGGCGACCUAAUCCAGUACACUCAGUGGAGGCGUUCGUGCAGGCUCUACAAGGCAACGAGCAUUACCGCACAAAUACUGAUGGUGAAGAGUUUUACCUUAGAGCCAUCACAGUUGACGACCGGAUCCAUGUGGUGUUUGGGAGUGUUGCCACAUUGAGGGCCUUGGCAGAUGGGAGAGACGUCGAGCUCCAUGUUGACGCAGCUGUAAAGACCGUGCCGGCCCUCUUCCAGCAGUUGUUUGCGGUCCAGGUCGUGAAUGGGGAUCACGUGUUUGGAAUUUUGUAUGUCCUCAUGACGCGGCGGAGAGAGCCAGAUUACCAGGCCAUAUUGGAAUACCUUCGCGACUCGUUCCCCAUGAACGUCGUGAGCGUAAUGGCUGAUUUUGAGAGGGCGCUUCGAAAUGCUGUUGGUACAGUGUUGCCUCAAGCAAGGCUCAAUGGCUGCUGGACCCAUUACUGCAGACGGGUCGACAAGCGCUGCCUCAGGGGGUCGUUGCCAGCCGUGUCGGCCACGGAGGACGGACACCGCCUCAUCAGGAUGGUAAAGGCACUGCCUCUCCUCCCGGCAGACCUCAUUUUGAGGGGAUAUUUAGAGGUACUGCUGCCGUAUUCUCGGCGUGUAGGCCAGAACGCCAGGGAAGCAAGGGACUUGCGCACCUUCAUGAGGGCAUAUGUUCGGGGUUUCUGGUUAACUCGGGUUGGCACCGAUCAACUGUCUGUGGCUGGCCUCCGAAGAAGGACCAACAAUGAUUCAGAAUCAUGGAAUUCUUACUUGCUUCGAGUAUCUGCCACAACACAGGACAAUACAUGGAAUUACACAGAAACACUACAGAAUAUUGAGAGCAGGGACAGAAAUGACUUUGCUAGGUGGGACAAUGAUGCUGUCCCGCCUAGGAGACCAAGAGGAAACGCCAUGAAGGAAAGGGACGCCCGCAUCAAAAAAGCCUUAGAAAAUCUGGUGGGGCGAGAUGGGCGCAAUGUCCCAACUACAGCCCAACUGGACACCUUCCUGAGGUCAAUGGCUUAUGUUACCUACGACAUAAUUCCCAUGCCCCGUGGUGUUGAGGACCUUGACGACGAGGAGGGCCUCGAUGUCGAUGAGCCCAUGGACGAUGACGAGGAUGAUGACGACGGUGGCGACGACCCUCCGGAUGCACAACCAGUUGACCGCGCCCGACCCCCGGCCGAAGUUGUCGUCGAAGCUGGGCCUGCCCCUCAACAAGGCGCUGCAGCUCCCGGCCGCGGCCCUGCUCCCCGACCAGCCAUGGAAUUGUCGUCGAAGCUGGGCCUGCCCCUCAACAAGGCGCUGCAGCUCCCGGCCGCGGCCCUGCUCCCCGACCAGCCAUGGAAGUGCAGGAUCGAGCUGCUGCCCCAGUGCACCGCGCUGCACCUGCUGUCCGGCGCCUCGAAGGUGGCGACGGCCCUCCGGAUGCACAACCAGUUGACCGCGCCCGACCCCCGGCCGAAGUUGUCGUCGAAGCUGGGCCUGCCCCUCAACAAGGCGCUGCAGCUCCCGGCCGCGGCCCUGCUCCCCGACCAGCCAUGGAAGUGCAGGAUCGAGCUGCUGUCCCACUGCACCGUGCUGCGCCUGCCGUUCCACUGGACCCGGUAG